AUGGACACCUCCUACCCACGGGACGACGACCUGCCUGCACCGUCCCGCAAGUGGGAGCCAUCUCCCACCACCCUCAUCUCCCCACCACCCCGUGACCAUCUCAUCUGGUCCAUUUUCAACACCCUCUACAUGAACUUCUGCUGUCUUGGCUUUGUGGCGCUCGCCUUCUCUGUCAAGGCACGGGACCGGAAAGUGGCCGGGGACGUGGAAGCUGCUCGGCGCUUCAGCUCCAAGGCCAAGUGCUACAACGUCCUCGCCACAGCAGGGAGCACGGUGCUGCCGCUGCUGCUCGUCGCCCUGGUCAUCACGGGCGUCCUCCACCUCUCCAAGCUGGCCCAGGAGUCCGUCGGCUUCUUCACCUACCAGUUCAGUGGCAGCGAUGACGAGGACAAGUGA